ACUGUCAAUUCGCGCACAAACCUUGACAAAUCCGACCCCUGAUUUCUACUAAAAACCCCAGGUCCAAAAUAUCAUAUUCCCUCUAAAAGGUUUGAAUUUUGAUUGGAAAUCGAAAGAUGGGAAUAAUAAGGAGUUGCUUUUCAUUCAUGAUGGGCUCAGCAGUAGGAGUGUACGUAGCCCAGAAUUACGACGUUCCCAACAUCCGGAAGCUGUUCAACACCGGUCUCUUGAUUGGCAAACAUAUUGAAGAAAAUUACCGCAAGCCUAAGAAGCGCGACGAUGAUUAAUGGAGGUUUUUUGGCUUUUAGCUUUUAAUUUGGGGACCCUACGUUAAAUUGAGGAGGGUUUUAUUGUUCUCUGUGUUGGGAUUUUUAUAAUAGAUUUUAAAAAUUUUAGGGGUUUUGAAUUGGGAAAAAUUAGGAAGAAAGAGCUACUAUUUUCUUUACUUGUUAUAAGAAUUGAUUAUUGGUGUAUUGACUGGAAAUUUAAGAAAUUUGAUGAUUGAUUAUCCGUGUUCCCCAAUU